AUUCAUCAAUCCAUCCCCUGCUUUCAAAGUUCAAACUCACAGACCAUUCUCUGUUCUCCCACAUUCCCUCUCCAGUCUCCAGCUAGCUAAUCAUUUUUUUCAGUCACCAAAUUUCUUAUUAUUAGCAACGAAAUACAGAUAGAAAGAGAAAAUGGAGUUGAUUAACGCGCUGCCGGAAGACUGUCUCACCUCAAUCCUCUGCUUCACUUCCCCACAAGACGCCUGCCGCUCCUCAAAGGUCUCCGCCGAGUUCCAAUCCGCCGCCGACUCCGAUGCCGUCUGGGAGAAAUUCCUCCCGUCCGAUUACCGCCGCAUUGUCGCCGAUUCCGUUCCCGCCCUCCUAUUCUCCUCCAAGAAGGAGCUCUACCGCAAGCUCUGCGACUCUGUUCUCGUCGCCGGCGGCCGUAAGAGAUUCAAGCUGGAGAAAUUGUCCGGGAAGAUAUGUUACGAAUUGGCGGCGAGAGAUCUUUCCAUAACUUGGAGCAGUGAAUCAAUGUACUGGGCUUGGACAUCGCUUCCCGAAUCAAGAUUCUCGGAAGUUGCAGUGCUCCGUACAAUGUCGUGGCUCGAGAUUCAAGGCAAAAUCAACACCCAAAUGCUAACUCCCAACACCAAAUACGGAGCCUACCUCGUACUGAAAAUAUCCGACCGAGCUUUUGGUCUCGACUUGAUGCCGUCGGAAGUAUCAGUUCAGGUGGGUAGCAAUGAAGAGCGCCAUAACACGGCGUACCUAAGGCGUCAGCGUAACAGCCACGUGGAUUUUAUGGAGACGCUGAUGUAUGGACACCGGACAGAGGCGCUGAAAUCGAUGGUGGCAGGCGGCGGGGGGGAAGGGAGGUUGCCGGCGGAGAGGGAUGACGGGUGGUUGGAGAUGGAGAUUGGGGAGUUCUUUAGCGGGGAAAAGAGCGAGGAGGUGAAAAUGGGCUUGAAGGAAGUGAAGGGCCACCAUUUGAAAGGUGGGCUUAUUGUCCAUGGAAUUGAGAUUAGGCCCAAAUACUGAAAUGGAGACAAUUCUUUUAUUUUUCUUUUUUUUUAUAAUUUGUAAUUAGAAAAAAAAAUAUAGGUUCAAAAUAUUUGAUUCUUUAUUGGAUUGUCAUGAUUGUAAACAAAGAUAAAAGAAAUUC